AUGAAGCUCAUCCCAGCAACCACCCUUGCCCUGACAGCCCUACUCCAUGUAACCUACGCCAACUUCGAUAUCUACAGCCAAGGGGUCGGCGGCGACGGCAUCAGCGGCAACACCUGGGGCUACCAGGUCUAUGACACCGCCCCCGACUGCGGCGAUGUCCACGACUGGAUAUGGAGGAAGAAAAGCGAUGUCAGCGGAGGCAAGUACGGCGUCCGCUGCAAAGGAAAGAACGGCGCAUGCAACGCCUCGGGUGACCCUUCUGGCAUCGAGGAGAUGGAGUUUAACUUCAACACUGACGAGCAUCACUGGACCAUCUACGCAAACCGCGGCUGGGGCCUGUUCGACAAGAAUGACAAGCAGGUAGGCACCUGCAUGCCGUACCCCAACGACGACUUCUACUGCGGCAAGGGUGCGGGUAGAGCUGAAGGCGAGCGCAAGGUUCGCUGCCUGACGAACUCCGUGAACUCGGGCGACAUCAACGCUCACAGGCCAAAAUAA